UCCUGUGCGUUACUCAGAUUUUAAAAUCUCUACUCACUCUCUCUCUCUCUCUCUCUCUCUGUCUCUCAAUCUAUGAAUAUAAAUACGUUUCCACACACGACAUUGUUACACGCCUCACAGUAGUAUCGAGCGAGCGAAGCAGAUUUGGAGUAUGGGUUUGAAGGAGGAAUUUGAGGAGUAUGCUGAGAAAGCUAAGACCCUGCCCGAGAGUACUACCAAUGAAAGCAAGCUUAUUCUGUAUGGAUUGUACAAGCAAGCCACUGUCGGACCAGUGAACACUAGCCGUCCUGGUAUGUUCAACAUGAGGGACAGGGCAAAGUGGGAUGCAUGGAAGGCUGUUGAAGGUAUUGGGUUGAGAUAUUCAGCUAUGGAACAAAAGAAAAUCCAAGGAUGAAGCAAUGAGUGAUUAUAUCACCAAGGUGAAACAGUUGUUGGAAGAAGCUACUGCCUCUGCUUGAUUUCAAGAACUUGCUGUGUUUCUUCUUGAUAAUUUUGGUU